AAAACUGGUUUUCCAAAUUUCCAAAGUCGAGAGGAAAAGCAAACUGCAAACAUCGGUCACGGAACUUCCUCGCUCUUCUUCUCCUCCUUCUUCCCCACAAGCACCACCUUCAGGACGGACCGGAUCCGCCAGGGUCCGAACCAUCCUCCAUUAUCAUCAUCAUUCUUCUCUCUCCCGACACAAAUUCCUUUCUGCAAUUCCAUUUCAAUUCAAUUCCGUUCUCCCUUUAUGCCACGCUGCUCAAGCUUCCGUUGCCGCUGCCGCUGCCGCUGCCGCCGAUUCAUCCCUAACUGAUGGAAUCAUCUGGUGCUGGUGGAACCCCGAGGGACACGUCGGUGAUCGUGCUGACAUUGGACUCUGACGAGGUCUACAUCAUUGCGAGCCUCUCCACUCGAACGGACACUCAGGUUAUCUACGUUGAUCCAACCACUGGUUCCCUCCGCUAUACUGCGAAGUUAGGGUUCGAUCUCUUCAGGUCUCAGACCGAAGCUCUCGAAUUCGUCACAAACGGAUUGCGUUCCAUAUUCAAGAGCAAGACCUACGCUAGGGCCAUCUUAGGCUAUGCUGCGUUGGGGAACUACGCGUUGUUGCUUCUGGCGACAAGGGUAACUGCAAGCGUAUCCUAUUUGCCCGGUGGAGGGUGCAUUUACACGGUGACAGAGAGCCAGUGGAUCAAGAUUUCACUGCAGAAUGCACAGCUGCAGGGGAAAGGGGAGGUUAAGAACAUCCAGGAGUUGACGGAGCUCGACAUUGAUGGGAAGCAUUAUUUCUGCGAGACAAGGGAUAUCACUAGGCCGUUUCCGAGUCACUUUCGGGUCGGGGAGCCCGACCAGGAGUUCGUUUGGAACGGGUGGUUCUCGCAGCCUUUUGCGAACAUUGGAUUGCCAAGGCAUUGUGUCACACUCCUGCAGGGGUUUGCAGAAUGUCGGAGUUUUGGAAGCUCUGGUCAACUAGAAGGUAUUGUUGCUCUCAUAGCACGGCGGAGCAGGCUACACCCCGGUACUCGUUACUUGGCGAGGGGGAUAAAUUCAUGUUACAGUACAGGAAAUGAAGUGGAAUGUGAGCAACUCGUAUGGGUCCCUAAACGAGCUGGUCAAAGUGUACCUUUCAACACAUAUGUAUGGCGAAGAGGUACAAUUCCUAUGUGGUGGGGUGCAGAGCUGAAAAUCACUGCUGCAGAAGCUGAAAUUUAUGUUUCCGAUAUUGAUCCGUAUAAAGGAAGUGUGCAGUAUUAUCAAAGACUGAGUAAGAGGUAUGAUACACGGAAUCUAAAUACAAGUGCUGGUGAGAAUCCAAGCCGAAAAGCUAUGGUUCCCAUUGUAUGCAUUAACCUGCUUCGAUAUGGAGAAGGAAAAUCAGAGUCCAUUUUGGUUCAGCAUUUUGAGGAGUCUUUAAACUUCAUUAGAUCAACUGGGAAGCUUCCAUAUACUCGGGUCCAUUUGAUACAUUAUGACUGGCAUCAAAGCAUAAAACUAAAAGGUGAACAACAGACAAUUGAAGGGUUAUGGAAGCUUUUAAAACCACCCACUAUAUUAAUAGGUAUCUCUGAAGGAGAUUAUUUGCCCUCACGACAACGAAUAAAUGAUUGCAGAGGUGAGGUCAUAUACAAUGAUGAUUUUGAUGGUGCCUUCUGCUUAAGAACACGUCAAAAUGGGGUAAUACGUUUUAAUUGUGCUGAUUCUCUUGAUAGAACCAAUGCUGCUAGUUUUUUUGGUUCCCUCCAAGUCUUCAUGGAGCAAUGUAGACGGCUGGCAAUAUCACUUGACAGUGAUAUUGCAUUUGGCUAUCAGUCAACCAAUAAUCAUUAUGGUGGAUAUACUGCUCCACUACCACCUGGGUGGGAAAAGCGAUCUGAUGCAGUUACAGGAAAAACAUAUUAUAUUGACCAUAACACCAGAACUACCACAUGGAUGCAUCCAUGUCCAGAUAAACCAUGGAAGAGAUUUGAUAUGACAUUUGAAGAGUUCAAGAGAUCAACUAUUUUAUCUCCUGUAUCUCAACUAGCUGAUCUUUUUCUUCUUGCUGGGGAUAUUCAUGCCACUCUUUACACUGGGUCUAAAGCAAUGCACAGUCAGAUUCUGAGCAUAUUCAACGAAGAUACAGGAGGGAAGUUUAAACAGUUUUCUGCUGCACAGAAUGUGAAAAUCACUUUGCAAAGAAGAUAUAAGAAUGCCGUUGUGGAUAGUUCUCGUCAAAAGCAGUUAGAAAUGUUUCUUGGAAUGAGGCUUUUCAAGCAUCUUCCCUCAAUUUCUCUUCAACCUCUACAAGUAUCAUCUCGGCCGUCUGGAUUCUGUCUCAAACCAGUUGCAAACUUAUUUCCUAUUGCGGGUGGUGAAGUUAGUCUUCUAAGUUUCAAGGGAAAAAACCUAGUUUGGAUUUGUCCACAGCCUGCAGAUGUAGUUGAAAUCUUUAUUUAUCUUGGUGAGCCUUGCCAUGUUUGUCAGCUUCUUCUCACAAUAUCCCAUGGUGCAGAUGAUUCAACUUAUCCAUCAACAGUUGAUGUGCGGACAGGACGCAAUUUGGAUGGGCUGAAACUUGUAUUGGAGGGUGCUUCUAUACCAAGGUGUGCUAGUGGAACAAACCUAUUAAUACCCCUACCUGGGGCAAUUAGUUCAGAAGACAUGGCUAUAACUGGAGCAAGCUCUCGCCUGCAUGCCCAAGAUGCAUCACCGUUGUCAUUACUGUAUGAUUUCGAGGAACUCGAGGGAGAGUGGGAUUUCCUUACUCGUGUAGUGGCGUUAACCUUUUAUCCUAACAUUUCUGGAAGGAACCCGUUGACUCUUGGUGAGGUACAUAUUUUUAAGCAUAUGAUAUUUCACACUGAUGAUGGCUUGACUAGCUAUGAUAUUAUAUGGCAAUUAAUUGAGCAUGUCAAAAAGUAUCAAGAGGAGCUUAAUCCCUUUUCCUCUGGUUCAGAGCUGAAUCAAUUCAACUCUUCAUCUACAGAAAAUGUGUCACCACCUGUGCAAGGAGGGAAUUCUGCUGACCUUUUGAUUGACCUCUUGUCUGGGGAAGACCCACUACCACACCCACUUGCUCAACCAGUUACUGAACAUGUCCAUUAUGAAAGUGACCCCCUUGAGUUUUUGGAUCAAGCUGUUGAAUAUCAUGGUGCUAAAAGUGAUUGUCAAAUUUCUUCAAAAGACACAACACAUUCAGAUUCUAGUACUGCACAAUAUUUAAAAUGCCUGAAAUCUCUUGCAGGGCCAAGUUUGCAAAAGAAACUAGUUUUCAUGGAAGCCAUGAAACUUGAAAUUGAGCGUCUUAAGCUGAAUCUCUCUGCUGCUGAAAGGGAUAGAGCACUGCUAUCUGUUGGAAUGGAUCCUGCAACUAUAAAUCCAAAUACAUUGCUCGACGAAGUUUACAUAGGGAGAUUGUCUAAAGUUGCAAGCACUCUCACACUGCUUGGUGAAGCUUCUCUUGAAGAUAAACGUAUUUCUGCUAUUGGUCUUGGGACUGUUGAUGACAAUGCAAUAGAUUUCUGGAAUAUUAUCAGAAAUGGGGAAAUCUGUUCUGGCGGCAAGUGUGAGGUGCGUGCUGAGAUUAAAAAGGCAGUUUAUUCAUCUGACGGGCCUUCAGAACCUGUAUUCUUGUGUUCUCAAUGUGAAAGGAAGGUUUGCAGAGUUUGCUGUGCUGGGAGAGGCGCACUUCUUCUUUCAGGUUAUAACUCAAGAGACCCUAUGAGUUAUAAUGGUGCAUCAAGCUAUGGUGGUCAAGUUGACCUCCCUGUAAACCGUCUAUUAGCACGUGAUGGUAUAAUUUGUAAGCGGUGCUGCCAGGAUAUUGUGCUUGAUGCAUUGAUCUUGGACUAUGUGAGAGUUCUGAUUAGCUUACGAAGAUCCGAUCGUGUGGAAAAGGCAGCUUACAAUGCUCUGAAGCAAAUCAUUGGGUCAUCUUGGGAUUGUCUUCUAGAAAAGAAUAAGGCCUCUGAUAAUCUGUCUGCAGACAAAUCAAUGCAGCUGAUACCAAAUGGAUAUGAAUCCGUGGCUGAAUUUCCUCUUGCCAGCUUUUUACAUCCGGUUGAAACAGCAUCAAACUCUGCCCCAUUUUUGUCGUUGCUUGCUCCAUUUAAUUUUGGUUCACGGCUAUCAUAUUGGAAAGCUCCAUCUAGUGCCACCUCUGUUGAAUUUGGUAUUGUCCUCGGUAAUAUGUCCGAUGUUAGAGGGGUUAUGUUAAUAGUCAGUUCAUGUGGCUACUCUAUGGCCGAUGCUCCUCUUGUGCAAAUUUGGGCAAGUGAUAAAAUACACAAGGAAGAAAGAUCAUUUAUGGGAAAAUGGGAUGUGCAAUCUAUGAUCAAGUCUUCCUCAGAGCUAUGUGGGCCUGAGACAUCAAGAACAGAGCAUAAAGUUCCUAGACAUUUAAAGUUUCCCUUUAAGAAUUCUGUUCGAUGCCGCAUAAUUUGGAUAAGUUUACGCCUUCAGCGGCCGGGUUCAAGUUCUAUAAAUAUUGGAAACGAUUUCAAUAUGUUGUCUCUAGAUGAGAAUCCUUUUGCACAAGAAACUCGACGGGCCUCUUUUGGAGGAUCCACUGAAAGUGAACCCUGUCUUCAUGCCAAGAGGAUUUUAGUCAUCGGUAGCCCCAGCAGAAAGGAAGUUGAUCUCAAGCCACAGCAAAGCCCUGAUCAGUUGAACCUGAAAGGAUGGUUGGAGAGAGCUCCACAAUUGAAUAGAUUUAAGGUUCCACUUGAGGCUGAAAGAUUAAUGGACAAUGAUCUUGUCCUGGAGCAGUAUCUAUCUGCUGCUUCUCCCUUGCUUGCUGGAUUCCGUCUAGAUGGCUUUAGUGCAAUAAAGCCUAGGGUCACCCAUUCACCUGCUUCAGAUGUUCAAAGUGAAAGUUUUUCAUCACUUCUGGAUGAUAGAUACAUUGCACCUGCAGUGUUAUACAUACAAGUGUCUGUUCUUCAGGAUUAUCAAAGCAUGGUGACCAUUGGCGAGUACCGAUUACCAGAGGCCAAGGUGGGAACACCAAUGUACUUCGAUUUCCCUAGGACAAUACAAACUCGCAGGAUUUCAUUCAAACUACUUGGAGACGUUGCAGCUUAUACAGAUGACCCUUCAGAACAAGAUGAUUCUGGCAACAGAGUUUCUCCUUUGGCAGCAGGCUUAUCUUUGUCCAACAGAGUUAAACUCUAUUACUAUGCCGAUCCAUAUGAGCUUGGGAAAUGGGCUAGCCUCUCAGCGGUUUAAUUACACGAUAGUGUGCUUCGGUUGUUGAUAUCGAUUUUGUAAACUUUUUCAAAUUUUGUUGUAUUAUGUCAUGUAAAGUCCAUUCAUUUAUGUAAUAUUAUAGUGUAGGAUUCUACUGUUAGUAAAUGGCAUUAGUACCUUGGUAUUUGAUGGAUUUUAUUUUUCUAUUUACCCACUUUUCAUUUAGCUUGUAACCAACUAGGCAGAAAGGUGAGUUUGAAGGUUCAAAUUCAGUACUUAGUCUACCAAAAUGGUGAAUUUCAUUUUUGAUUAUGGAGUGUAAUUUGAUUCUUUACAAUUUGAGUUUAUCGUUUAAUCA